AGGAUCGAUUGAGGGGCGCGUGUCCGGGGAGGAUAUCUGGGCAGCCAGUAUCAUCGCAGGGUUACAAGAGAUGGGCUACACGUUUCUAUAUUCCAAGAAUAACGAAGAACUUGCCGUCCAGUACCGCCAAUUCCCUGACCUGGUCAAGGUCGUUAUCCUCGAAUGCGAGGCGGCACGCAAAUGCUUUAGGUCUCCUACCUGCAUAAGAUCUGCAGAUAACCCCCUCGGAAUACCCGUCUGGAAGCUUCUCUCUUUCCAUUUCUGGACGGGCCAAUGCCAUCCUCUCGGUGCGGCAUGGACUCUCAGCCCGGAGAAUUUCGCAAACUGGACGACGAACUCCGCUGAUAACUUCUAUCUUGGCUAUAGUGUCGAACGCACCUGCACGAAGCUGCCUGUCGUUCCGUUUUCCCAGCGAGAGGACAGAGCAUACGUGUUCGGGAAGCGACUGUCCUAUUUCACAGACGCUAAAUAUGCCUGGCCCGGUGUUACUUUCCCGAAAGCUGUUGCUGGGGUUGCUGAGUCUCCGGGUGACACCAUACCCGGCACUGGUAUCAAGAAUUUGGGGAUACUGGAUAAGCAUACCUUCUACUCUGAGGUAGCACGCAGCAAGGUUCUGGUGGGUGUUGCCCAACCGGACCUCAGUCCCAGCCCAUACGAUGCAUUAUGCUUGGGUGUUCCAUUCAUUAAUCCUGUCACGCGCUGGGAUGAAGAAUAUCCAGAUGAUCGCAGUAAGUGGGCCGCGCAGCAUGAUGGACUACUUUGGCAAGAAGAGCCAUACGUAUAUCAUGUUCGGAGCGGAGACAAAGCUGGCCUAAUGGCUGCGCUCGAGCGGGCAUAUCGUAAUCCGAUAGAUAGAUAUAUUCCGCCAGCGAUGACUAUGGAAUCGUUAAAGAUGAGGCUGGCGAAGCUCAUCCAUACGGACUGGAAAUCCCGAGCCGAGGGGGUUCUAGAGCAGAGACUUGCGACAGGGCAUGGCGAUCUUUUCACACUAUGAACGCCCUCAAGUACGGGCUCUGGAUAACAGAGAUUGUGCGAAGAGAGUGGUUUUCACUUGAGACCGACUUGAGUCGCCAUAAUGACACGUACUGCACGACGACAGCUACUCAAUAAUUCGAUUACAGUAAUAUACUAGUAUGUCCA